CUGGCAUGGAUAUUCGGAACAACCUCACCCGACUGCAGGAGUUGGAGAACUGUUCUGUCAUCGAAGGCCAUCUGCAGAUAUUGUUGAUGUUCAAAACAAGGCCUGAAGAUUUCCGAGACCUGAGUUUCCCCAAACUUAUCAUGAUCACUGACUACUUGCUACUCUUCCGGGUCUAUGGGCUCGAGAGCCUCAAGGACCUGUUCCCCAACCUCACGGUCAUCCGGGGCUCGCGCCUCUUCUUCAACUAUGCGCUGGUCAUCUUCGAGAUGGUGCAUCUGAAGGAGCUGGGCCUGUAUAACCUGAUGAACAUCACCCGGGGGGCUGUCCGCAUCGAGAAGAACAACGAGCUGUGCUACCUGGCCACCAUUGACUGGUCACGCAUCCUGGAUUCUGUGGAGGACAAUUACAUCGUGCUGAACAAAGACGACAAUGAGGAGUGCGGAGACAUCUGCCCAGGCACCGCGAAAGGCAAGACCAACUGCCCAGCCACCGUCAUCAAUGGGCAGUUUGUCGAGCGGUGUUGGACCCACAGCCACUGCCAGAAAGUCUGCCCAACCAUCUGUAAGUCUCACGGCUGUACCGCGGAGGGUCUGUGCUGCCACAGCCAGUGUCUGGGCAACUGCUCCGAGCCUGAUGACCCCACCAAGUGCGUGGCCUGCCGCAACUUCUACCUGGACGGCCGGUGCGUGGAGACCUGCCCGCCCCCAUACUACCACUUCCAGGACUGGCGCUGCGUCAACUUCAGCUUCUGCCAGGACCUGCACAACAAAUGCAAGAACUCGCGGAGGCAGGGCUGUCACCAGUACGUCAUUCACAACAACAAGUGCAUCCCCGAGUGCCCCUCCGGGUACACCAUGAAUUCCAGCAACCUGAUGUGCACCCCCUGCUUGGGGCCCUGCCCCAAGGUCUGCCACCUCCUGGAGGGCGAGAAGACUAUCGACUCGGUGACGUCCGCCCAGGAGCUCCGUGGGUGCACUGUGGUCAACGGGAGUCUGAUCAUCAACAUCCGAGGAGGCAACAACCUGGCAGCUGAGCUAGAGGCCAACCUUGGUCUCAUUGAAGAGAUUACAGGAUACCUCAAAAUCCGCCGUUCCUACGCACUUGUGUCGCUUUCCUUCUUCCGGAAGUUACGUAUGAUUCGAGGAGAGACCCUGGAAAUCGGGAACUACUCCUUCUAUGCCCUGGACAACCAGAACCUGAGGCAGCUGUGGGACUGGAGCAAACACAACCUCUCCAUCACUCAAGGGAAACUCUUCUUCCACUAUAACCCCAAACUCUGCUUGUCAGAGAUCCACAAAAUGGAGGAAGUCUCAGGAACCAAGGGACGCCAGGAGAGAAACGACAUUGCCCUGAAGACCAACGGGGAUCAGGCCUCCUGUGAAAAUGAAUUACUUAAGUUUUCUUACAUCCGGACGUCUUUUGACAAGAUCCUGCUCAGAUGGGAGCCGUAUUGGCCCCCCGACUUCCGGGACCUCCUAGGGUUCAUGCUUUUCUACAAAGAGGCCCCCUAUCAGAAUGUGACAGAGUUUGACGGGCAGGACGCCUGUGGCUCCAACAGCUGGACUGUGGUGGACAUCGACCCGCCCCAGAGGUCCAACGACCCCAAGUCACAGACCCACCCCGGGUGGCUGAUGCGUGGUCUCAAGCCCUGGACCCAGUACGCCAUCUUUGUCAAGACCUUGGUCACCUUUUCUGAUGAGCGGCGGACCUACGGGGCUAAGAGUGACAUCAUCUAUGUGCAGACAGAUGCCACCAAUCCUUCCGUCCCUCUGGAUCCGAUCUCGGUCUCUAAUUCUUCCUCCCAGAUUAUUUUGAAAUGGAAACCCCCCUCGGACCCCAAUGGCAACAUCACUCACUACCUGGUUUUCUGGGAGAGGCAGGCUGAAGAUAGUGAGCUGUAUGAGUUGGAUUAUUGCCUCAAAGGGCUGAAGCUGCCCUCCCGGACCUGGUCUCCACCGUUCGAGUCCGAGGACUCUCAGAAACACAAUCAGACGGACUACGAGGAGUCGGCCGGCGAAUGCUGCUCCUGCCCCAAGACCGACUCUCAGAUUCUGAAGGAGCUGGAGGAGUCCUCGUUCCGGAAGACAUUUGAGGACUACCUGCACAAUGUGGUUUUUGUCCCCAGGCCAUCACGGAGGCGCAGGGCUCUUGGCGACACUGGGAACGUGACAGUGGCUGUCCCCACGAUUCCGGGUUUCCCCAACAUCUCCUCAACCAGCGUGCCCACCAGCCCAGCAGAGCAGCGGCCUUUUGAGAAAGUGGUAAACAAGGAAUCUCUGGUCAUCUCUGGUCUGCGCCAUUUCACGGGCUAUCGCAUUGAACUGCAGGCUUGCAACCAAGAUGCCCCGGAGGAAAGGUGUAGCGUGGCAGCAUACGUCAGUGCCAGAACCAUGCCUGAAGCCAAGGCUGAUGACAUUGUUGGUCCAGUGACCCACGAAAUCUUGGAGAACAAUAUUGUUCACUUGAUGUGGCAGGAGCCAAAGGAACCCAACGGUCUCAUCGUGCUGUACGAAGUGAGUUAUCGGCGAUACGGUGACGAGGAGCUUCACCUCUGCGUCUCUCGCAGGCAUUUUGCCCUGGAGCGGGGCUGCCGGCUGCGAGGGCUGCCCCCAGGCAACUACAGCGUGCGCGUGCGGGCCACUUCCCUGGCAGGCAACGGCUCCUGGACCGAAGCCACCUAUUUCUAUGUGACAGACUACUUGGACGUCCCAUCCAACAUUGCAAAAAUCAUCAUUGGGCCUCUCAUCUUUGUCUUUCUCUUCAGUGUUGUGAUUGGGAGUAUAUAUCUGUUCCUGAGAAAGAGGCAGCCGGACGGGCCUCUGGGACCACUGUAUGCAUCCUCAAACCCCGAGUACCUCAGUGCCAGCGACGUGUUUCCCUGCUCUGUGUAUGUGCCGGACGAGUGGGAGGUGCCCCGCGAGAAGAUCACCCUCCUGCGUGAGCUGGGCCAGGGCUCCUUCGGCAUGGUGUACGAGGGCAACGCCAGGGAUAUCGUCAAGGGUGAAGCAGAGACCCGUGUGGCAGUGAAGACAGUCAACGAGUCAGCCAGCCUGCGUGAGCGGAUCGAGUUCCUCAACGAAGCCUCCGUCAUGAAGGGCUUCACCUGCCACCACGUGGUCCGCCUCCUGGGGGUGGUGUCCAAAGGGCAGCCGACGCUGGUGGUGAUGGAGUUGAUGGCUCAUGGGGACCUGAAGAGCUAUCUCCGCUCACUGCGGCCAGAAGCUGAGGACAACCCCGGCCGCCCUCCCCCAACCCUGCAAGAGAUGAUUCAGAUGGCAGCAGAGAUUGCGGACGGGAUGGCGUACCUGAAUGCCAAGAAGUUUGUGCACCGGGACCUCGCAGCACGGAACUGCAUGGUGGCCCAUGAUUUCACCGUCAAAAUUGGAGACUUUGGAAUGACCAGAGACAUCUAUGAAACGGAUUACUACCGGAAAGGUGGCAAGGGCCUGCUUCCUGUGCGGUGGAUGGCCCCGGAGUCACUGAAGGAUGGCGUCUUCACCACGUCUUCUGACAUGUGGUCCUUUGGUGUGGUUCUUUGGGAAAUCACUAGCCUGGCGGAGCAGCCUUACCAGGGCCUGUCUAACGAGCAGGUUUUGAAGUUUGUCAUGGAUGGGGGGUAUCUGGAUCAACCUGACAACUGUCCAGAGAGAGUCACCAACCUCAUGCGGAUGUGCUGGCAGUUCAACCCCAAGAUGCGGCCCACCUUCCUGGAGAUCGUCGACCAGCUCAAGGACGACCUGCACCCCAGCUUUCCGGAAGUUUCCUUCUUCCACAGCGAGGAGAACAAGGCUCCCGAGAGUGAGGAGCUGGAGAUGGAGUUUGAGGACAUGGAGAACAUCCCCCUGGACCGGUCUUCACACUCCCAGAGGGAUGAGGCCGGGGGCCGGGACAGCGGGUCCUCACUGAGCCUCAAGCGGAACUAUGAAGAACACAUGCCCUACACCCACAUGAAUGGGGGCAAGAAGAACGGGCGGAUUCUGACCCUGCCGCGGUCGAAUCCUUCCUAACGGUGCCUGCUGGGGAGGGGUC